AUGGACUCCUCUACAGUCCCAGAUUCCGGUGCCAACAAACAACUAAACCAUCCACUAAGUCAAACGGAUGCGCCGCCCAGCCAGAGCUUCUCGCACAAGUCAGACGAUUCAUACACGGCAGCUGAGUUCAUCGACAACCAACUUCAGCUGGAGGCGGACGCGCGUGAGGCUCUGCCAUACAAAUUCGACAACUGCACCAGGCCUCUAGGAAAGCUCCGUCAAGUUCUAUUAUCCUGCCUGACAUGCAAUCCUCCACCCGACAACCUUUCCGAUCCCUAUACCCCGGCAGGUGUUUGCUAUUCCUGCUCGAUACAAUGCCACGGUGACCAUACGUUGGUGGAACUCUUUAACAAGAGGGAUUUUGUUUGUGACUGCGGAACAACCCGGUUGCCUGCUACUUCGCCAUGCACAUUGCGGACACAAUCGGAGAGCAAUACGAAAGGUGGCGUGCAUUCCGAAGCUCCCGACCCAAAUAACAAUUACAACUACAAUUUCCAAAAUAGAUUUUGCGGGUGUGCCUGCAAAUACGAUCCUCACGCGCAAAAGGGUACCAUGUUUCAAUGUCUUGGUUUGGGAACGGCCGAAGAUGGCGGCUGUGGAGAAGACUGGUGGCAUCCCGGUUGCAUGGUCGGGCUUGGACCGGACUGGUAUGAGACUGCAAGCCGUACUGCUGCAGCUGGGAAGCAAAAUAAUGAAGGAUUGUUGGCAUUAAUUACUGAAGUUGCAGAGGUAGCUGUGGAUGAGUCGAAUCAAGAAGCAGUCCAAGGUGGAACAAUGAACCGAUCGGAAAAUACUGGUGGCACUGCCGAUAACGAAGAAGAUGAGGACGAGGACCCCCCUAUGCCUCCUGGAUUUCCCGAGGAGGAUGACUUCGAAGGUUUCAUAUGUUAUAAGUGCGUGGAUGCCAACCCUUGGAUUAAGUGCUAUGCGGGUGCACCUGGCUUCUUGGGUCCCGUCUUCAAACGCAGUACGGCACCAUCGCCAGAGAGACGACUUUUAGACCAGAGUAAAGACUCCAUCACCCCAAACCUCUCCAAUUCUAAGAAGCGGAAGGCAGAUGAUGAUGAAGAAUCCAACAGAUCCAGCACCUCGAAGAGAAGGAAAGAUGAGGCAUCGGAUGUCACUGCUGGGGUGACUGACGCGACGGAUAUUUCAACGCUCAUAGGUCUGAGUGGCCAACGAAAAACUGCCGCAGACGGAAAUUCAACAUGCAAAGCCAAGGAACUUCCACCAGCACCAGAGGGGCAGAUGUCGCUCUUUUUCAAGGCCGAUUUCCGAGAUCAUCUCUGUCGUUGUUCAGAGUGCUUCCCACAGCUCUCGAAGCAUAACCAGCUACUUGAGGAGGAAGAGAGCUACGAGCCGGAGCUUUCUGAAAAUGAGCACGGUGAUGGAGCUAGUACCAUGGGAAGCGGGAGCAUCUAUGAUCGCGGUGAAAAUGCUCUUAAGAACGUGGAUCGUGUUAGGGCGAUCGAAGGAGUGAUGGCAUACAAUCACCUGAAGGAUAAACUCAAGCCUUUCUUCCAGCAAUUUGCGGAGAGCGGCAAGGCUAUCAGUGCAGACGAUAUCAAAGCGCACUUCGCGAAGAUGAGAGGAGAUGAGCAAGCUAUUAAAGAGGCGGGGGAGGGGGCGAAGAGCUCAGAUAAUAGGAGAGAACAAAGCGGGUAUUAG